UAAUCGCGCGGGCAUUGCGUGUUGAUAGUGGCAAAAACACUAUGUGAUUCAUUCUGGUUGUUUCAACACUUUUUUAAGUCCGUGUCAUUUCCAUUUAUUACAAAGAAGAAUAUCACCGAAAUGUGGAUUCUGAUUCCAGUGGAGCCGGCAGGUGAGACCCACUAUCUCCUCUCUGGUAAAGAAUAUGUGGUGGGUCGCAAGAACUGUGAAAUUCUGCUGCCUAAUGACCAGUCUAUCAGCAGAGCCCAUGCUCACUUCAUUGCUACUGAUCAAACUCUGACUCUGAAGGACACCUCCAAGUAUGGCACUGUCGUCAACAGCCAGCGCCUGACUGAGAACACUCCAGUGAAUGUGAAGUCAGGGGACAGUGUUACAUUUGGAGUCUUUCAUUCCAAAUUCAGUGUGGCUCAUCAGAAGCUGGUUGUGUGUUCUUCUUGCUUGGACAACGACGGCAAAGCAGCCCUCUCUCAGGCUCUGCAGCUGCUGGGAGGAACGCUAGUCAACACGUGGAGUAAGGCCUGUACCCACCUGGUCAUGCCUUCUGUUAAAGUCACCAUCAAGACCAUUUCUGCUCUGCUGUGCUGCCGUCCUAUCGUGAAGCCUGAGUUCUUCUCAGAGCUCAGCAAAGCGACCCAGCAGAAGUUACCCCCUCCGAAACCUGAGAGAUUCACUCCUGACAUUGAUGAGCCCAGCUUGAAUGAAGAGGAUGUUAACCUGCAGCCGGAUGUCAAACGCAAACAGCUUUUUGCAGGAACAACCUUCAUAUUUCUCAGUGCUAAACAGCUCAAACGUCUGAGUACAGCAGUAAGUUUUGGGGGUGGUACAAGCCAGCUCCUGGAGGAGGGCUCCCUGCCAUGUGACCUGCUGGAGUCCCCAAAGAGCUGCGUGGUGGAGGUUACUACUGGCAGCUCCCAACCUGUGCUUCCACAUUCUACCACAGGGUGGCAUGAUUCCGUGAAAAGCAUCGUUGAAAGGAAAUGCCUUCGAGUCAUCACAGAGUCAGAAAUUGGACUGGCUGCCAUCUACGCCUCAUGCUGCAAGUACUGCAACCCGGCCAGUUUAAUAACAGAUACAGUUCCAAAGGUGAAGCCCAGAAUUCCAAGUGCGUCUUUGUCCCAGCAUGUAGCAGUAGAUGAGACUGUUUUACCAGCAGCAUCACAGAACAUCACUGCAUACGCAGUCAACACAGAGACGCCACAAAAAACAGAGCGAUGCCAGAUGACUGGGAUCAAGGCGGUCGGAGAGACUCCGGAAAAAAAGCACAACGGGACAGCAAGUCAUUUUGAUGGUUCUAAAGCCACAACACAGACGAUUACCACAAAGUGCAUUGUGACAGAUUCACUGAGCUCAUCAUUCAGCUUGACGGAGAACACACACACACAGGGGAAGAAGCCUGAGUCCAGAGUUACGGGUCAUCGGGACUUUAACCAGACGACUUUCCAGCCACCUAUGGCAAAGCCUGGUGUUGCUAAGAAGACAUUUACGCCAAAGAAAUCCCCUCAGGACGUCUCGCCAACAGCAUCCCCACAGAAGCAGCCAACAAUGACCAGUUUUUUUAAGCCAGUCAACAAAAAGAGGCCCUUGGAUGAGGAGCUGUCAGCUGUGACAUCAGCGCCAAAGCGUCCUGUACCUGAAUCCAACAUCAACACCACUUUUGUAUCGGAAGACACCCCCUCAUGUUCAAACAAAGCCCCUGCAGCCUCUUCCCAAAAUCCCAUGUGCUCCGAUGAUGAUUUCUUUGUUGGUCGGUCAGCGUCUUCAUCAGAACGGGCCUCCCACACGAGCAGAAAGAGAAAGGAGAUGGAAGAAGAAAUUGAUGUGGCUGAACUGGAGUUUAUCAUGUCUGAAGAGAUGGACUCCUUUGACGAAUCACUAUCAGUUAGCCAAGCCCCUCAAGCAAGAAUCCACACUGUUGACCGGCCCUCAGAAACAGUGAAGGCUUCAAAUAAAAAGCAACGUGUAGCUCUUGAAGAUGAUGACGCCAGCAGCCAAAGGUUAUGGUUGAGCCUGGAAAAAGAGCUACCUGCAAAUCAGAACCACCAAACGGAGCUGCAAGCUGACUCUGAGAUAACGGCAAAGCCAUCAAAAGAGCGCGCACGCAGCAAAGUAUCGUCUGGCAGCACACGUCAGCUUGUUGAAGCUAACAAGGAGUCCUCCAUCAAGAAUAUUGACCCACUCAAAGCAGAUGUCGGUCAGCCCAAAGAAGCCGCUGAGGUUCAGCUUGUUCAACCUGUCAAACUGGAGGAGGCCCAAGAAACCAAACUGGAUGAGGACCACCCUAAAAACCUGAUUUUGGUGGAGUUUAGAUCCCUCACAGUGAAUGUGCUGCCCGAAAGUAAACCACAGCAGGCGCACACCAACAGCUUUGCAAAGAACUUCAAACGUUUCCGCAAGAUGCGAGUACCCGGGACAGAGGGCUCAGCACACAUCAUCGGUGGGUCUGACUUGCUGGCCCACAACCGGGGCAAGAACUCUGAACUGGAUGAAUGGCUGAAAGAUGCGAUUGAGGACGAGCGUCAGAGCAGACGGGAGGAGAGCCAAGGAGAUGACCUUUUUAGGUACAACCCCACCAAAUUAACCAGGAGAAGAUGAAACACCUCCUCCGUGCCCAUCCCCGUCGGUAUAACGGUCAGAUAAGACGAUCACAUCGAUGUUCACUUACACCAGGGUUGGCCAAAGUGCGGCUCCGGGGGCCGACUUUUUUCUGACCUGCCACACAUUCUAAAAAUACAAUUAAACAAGAAAACCGAAAAGAAAAUAACAGCAAAAAUGGAAAAAAAAGUGAAAAAAAGGCAUCAUCUAAUAGGGAAAUGUUGAUACAAAUACAGUGGAACCUUGGUUAGCGUCAUUAAUUCGUUCCAGAAAGUCAGACGAACCGAAACUGAAUGUUUUCCCGUAAGAAAUAAUGUAAAUCCAAUUAAUCCGUUCCAGAAAGCCAAAAAUGUUAGAACAAAACUAACAUAGUUUUACAUGCAGAAAACAAUUCCAAAUACAUAUAAAUGAUAAAUGAACACUGAAGGUUAGUUUUAACCUCACUGAAGACGUGAUUUUUGAUGUAAUCACCGCGCGGACACCAUCUUUGUUUUGCCAUGAGUUAUUUCUUGAAUUCAAUAGUGUUUCUCACCUCAAUAACGCAAAAUGGAGCCAAAGUGCCAGCAUUUUGAUAAAGAAGGUGAAUAACACUACUGAAUUGAAUUCAAGAAAUAAACAGGAAGAUAGUGUCUGUGUUGUAUCUUCCUACCACGUCAUGUCUUUGGGAACACCCACAUCAAGAAUCACAUCUUCGAUGAAGGCGUCAUCCACAUGCAUUUAGAAUUGUUUUAUGUAUGUACAACUAUAAAAAUGUGCGUUGUGUUGACAUUUUUGAGAGUCAACCGCUAAUGACAUCACAGACGGGCUACGGAGCUGCCCUUUGGUUGGCAAGCUAGCGACUUCGUUAACAGCGAAGUACUGUAGGUUUUGUGAUAAAAACACAGUUGGACUCAUGCAGUAUAUAAUAACACAAGACAUGCGUCGCAUUGUACACUAACUGGAGAAUGUACGGAAAAAAUGGUGGCGUAAAUUUUUGAUGUUAACUGAAGAACAUGGGCGGAUGCUAACCGAGGUUCCACCAUAGUGUGUAUAUAACUGUGGAUUGGUUUUAGCCAGUUUACAACACUAAAAUGAUCAAAAUGGCGCCACCAUCAUUUGACGUUUCAGUAUGUGGCCCUGAGCAGAAAAGGUUUGGACACUCUUGACUUGCAUGUUCGCUGAUAUUCCAGUUAUUUCUUUAUGAAGCCACCGACGGCAAAUAAUGUAACACAAUACGUUCAUUGUUUCUUUUUCCAUUGUUUUAUUUGUCAAUAAUAAAAAAAAAUACAUGGCAUACAAAACAUUACAAAGUAUUUUGUGUUAAAACCUGACAUGCGGAGAACAGCUUAUCUUUAGACCAAAUGUUUACCUGCUUGAGCAAGCGGAUGAGAGGCGAUGGAUUCAAGUGUCGCUGCUGUCUGAGCAAUGUUCUCCCCUAUCGGGAUGGGCAUUAUCAUCCUUUUAUUCAUCACUGAGAAUUCUCAAUUCAUUGCUGAUAUACUGUCUUGAUGCAACUGAAGCUACUGUAUAUAUGACCUGCACUAACUGGAUACAACCAGCAGUGGCGCUGUUACCAGUCUCAUCUAGUUUAAUGUUUAAACAAGUAGACUGGAACCCCUUGAUGUAAACAUACAUUGGUGUGAAAAGGUGUUUGCCCCCUUCCUUAUCAUCAAACAAAUUUAAAUAUCAGUCAAUGACAAUGCCGCUGAACACAAAACGCAGUUUUUAAAUGAAACUUUAUUUUUAAGGGAGAAAAGAAAAUCCAAAGUGAUUUCCCCCUAAACCUAAUAAGUGGUUGGGCCACCCUUAGCAGCAACAACUGCAAUCAAGCGUUUGUGAUAACUUGCAAUGAGUCUCUUACAGCGCUGUGGAGGAAUUUUGGCCCACUCAUCUUUGCAGAAUUGUUGUCAUUCAGCCACAUUGGAGGGUUUUCCAGCAUGAAGCGCCUUUUUAAGGUCAUGCCACAGCAUCUCAAUAGGAUUCAGAUCAGGACUUUGACUAGGCCACUCCAAAGUCUUCAUUUGUUUUUUCUUCAGCCAUUCAGAGGUGGUCUUGCUUGUCAUGACACUGACCUCAACCGGGGCAAGUGAGGCCUGCAGUUCUUUGGAUGUAGUUGUGGGGUCUUUUGUGACCUCUUGGAUGAGUCGUCGCUGCGCUCUUGGGGUCAUUUUGAUAAUGGCUCUCACUGUGGUUCGCUGGAGGACCAAAGCUUCAGAAAUGGCCUUAUAACCUUUGGGUUUGGAUUUUUUUUGUCCCUUAAUCCUAAAAAGUUUCAUUUAAAAACUGCAAUUUAUGUUCAGUGGUGUUGUCAUUGACUGAUGUUUAAAUUAGUUUGAUGAUCUGAAACAUUUAAGUGUGACAAACAUGCAAAAUAAGAACUCAGGAAGGGGCAAACACUUUUUCACACCAAUAUAAGCGGUUGUUGACACAAAUGGGUUCCACCCUACUAUGGGAAGGCUCAAUAUGACAUUAUCUUAAUUGAUCAUUUAGUCAAAUGCCCAUGCCUAUUUCCAGCUAAACAAUCUGAAGCUAGUCAGAUAAGAAGCCAAAACAUGCUGACAUUAGGUACACCUGCACAACAAGAGUGUAUAUAAAAACAAAUCUCUAUUGAAUGUAAUUGGAAGGUGCAGGUGUUCUUAAUGAUGUGGCCAGUGCGUGUAUCCAAACAAUAUAGCAAAGUCUGCCCAAGAAGCACUGAAACAUAACACUGCAGGAAUUCAUGAUUGAACACCACCAUCAGGGUGCUCACUAACAAGCUGUAAAAUCAUCAUUUCUAAUGCAUAACCCCAAACACUGCUCAUAUAAUAUUAAAAGGGGCUAACAGUGACCCGUCAUAAUAAAUAAGCCAAAACCUAUGCACACAAAAUGUAAGCUUAUAUUGCAGGUGUGUUUAAAUGAGGUGAGCUUGAAACAUCGGCAUUUAAUGACAAGCUGUGUGAAGAAAUAGCAGAGCAAUACACAUCCAUUGUAUAGUUCACUUUUCUUCUUGUGAUGUGUGUGCAAUGUUCAUUUUCACACCAUGAAAGCAAAUUAACAAUGCAACCAUCAUGUUGUUUUUUUGCAACCGAGCUGUUUACCAAAGGGGUCCGUUUCAUGUAGUUACUGUUGGAGGGAUGCUGCUAUACCUGCUCUGUGUGCAAAGUGCCCUGAGAUGACUUGAAAGUUAAGAUAAAGACUCUUGUUUUUACUGUAAUGUAUACAGCAAAUUUGACCUCUGCUAUUAGUUAAAAUAUGUGGACAUUUUGCAGACAGGUUGUGUUCAUCCAUUGUGAGAAGCUUACAUGAAAACGAAGCAACCAAAAGGCAAAAAGUGGCAAGUAUAAUGUGCAUUUAAUGCUGCUGUGUUAUUUACAAAAGAAAGUUAGGGCCACACUAAAAAGAUAAAAAAAACUUUACGCGAACAAAGUCUGAGAAUUAAGCAAACUGUCAUAUAGCCAUGAGAAUAAAGUUUGAAAUAUUACGAGAAUUAAGUUGUAAUUUUAUGGGAAAAAAAUCUUAAUAUUUUGGGGGGAAACAAAUAGUACAUUUAUGAGCAUGUAUUAGGAAAGAAUGUUAUGAUGGGGUUUUUUUUUAAACAGUUGUGACUGAGAAAGUAAAACAUUUUUUUCUAGAAAUGUCGUAAAACUACAAAUAAAAAUAUAAGAAUAAAGUUGUAAUAUUUUAGUUAAAAAACGUCUCACAAAAACAAAAUAAAGGUUAUAUUUCUGCAAGAAAAAUUGAAUCGUACGAGGAAAAAAAGGUGCAGAUUUAUGUCCUAAAAAGUUGUAAUUUUACAAGAAUAAUUUUGUACAAUUUGGAGAAAAAAGUCAUGGCACAAGAAAAAAGGUUGUGUAAUUUAAAUGAAAAAAAACCUCUUGUUGAAAGUUGCACUACUACAAGAAAAAGGUUGAAUUUUUGAGAGAAUUGCUUCGUUAACACUACAACUAAAAAAAUAUAACAGUGAAGUUGUAUAUUUUGUUUAAAAUAAGUUGUACGUUUGCAAGAAUGGAGUUAUAUUUCUGCGAGAAAAAUGUUGUCAUUGUAUGGGGGGGUGAGGUGUAAAUUUAUGACAAUAUAGUUGUACAAUUUUGAGAAAAAUGUCAUAAUGCUACAAGAAAAAAAGGUUGAAAUUUUUUUUGAAUAAAGGUGUAGUAUUUUGAUGAAAAAAACAUAAAUCUUGGAAAUAAAGUUGUAACGCUACAAGAAAGAAAGCUGAAAAUUCACAAGAAUGAAGCUGUUCUGCAAGAAGAAUGCAACAGUACAAGGGGGAAAAAGUACAUUUAUGACAAUAAUGUUGAAAUUUUACAAGAAUAAAGACGCAAGUGCUAUAAUGCUAUGAAAAAAAGGCUGUAAUUUUAUCAGAAUAAGGAUGUAGUAUUUUGAUGGGAAAUUUUAAAAAUAAAUGUGUAAUACUACAAGGAGAAAAGUUUUACGAGAAUUAAGUUGUAAUACUCAACAAUAAACAUAAAAACAAAGUUUUUUGAUGGAAAAAGUUUGCGAAAAAAAGUUGUAUUUGCGAGGAAAAACUUUGCCAUUGUACACGGGGAAAAACGUGUAAUUUUAUGACCGUAAUUUUAUAACAAUAAAGUAAAUUUGGAGGGAAAAAAAAGUCAUAAUGCUGCACAAAAAAAGUUGUAAUUUAGUAAAAACUAAAUCUUUGAAUCUUUGAAAUAGAGUUGUAAUACUACAAGAAAGGUUUUAUUUUCCAAAGAUGAAAUUGCAAUAUUUUUUUUAGAAUUUGUAUUGUAUUUUCCCCGUAAUAAAGUUGUAAUAUUAGAAACCUGAAUCAUUUUUUUCCCCGUCAGUGUGGCUCGGUAGUUAUUUGCUUAGUACAAAAAUAUAUUUAAGUCACUAGAAUUCUUUUAAAUGACCAAAAUUCAGGUCACUAAAAGAUGCAAAUCUACACUUAGAGUAGUUGAAAGUCACUAAUAAUGUUGCCCAUUCAGUACAUUUAAACUUGCUCGUGAAAUGUUUUGCAUAGAAAGCUUCUCGGUUGCACUCUGACUAAAGAAGUAGAUAUAAAUAGAUAUAAAUGGAAUAUUUUUCAACCUUAAAUGAGGAAGCAUCUACAACUAAAAAAAUAAAAAUAAAAAAUAAAAAAGCAAAAUAACUGAUUGGCUCAGAGUCAUAAGGAACAUUUACAUCGGUAGUUUCUUCUUGGUUUUUUUGGGACAUGAAAAUGUUCAUGAGUUCACUACAUUAUAGCUUAUAUGGAUUAUGGAUAUAUGGAUUAUAUUUUAGAUGGAUUCAAAGACAUGCGCAGAACGAUGAAAUUACCUGAUAAAAUAAAAACAUGGUCGCAUUCACUCAGUUGUGAGGUUCCAUGAAGAAUGGACAUGUAGAAAAUGUUGGCACAUAGUAGCUUAGAUUUCUGGAAAGUCAAACACACUAGACCAGUUCUCUAAAAGUUAGUUCUUUUUUUGGUUGUAAAAAGGCCAAUGUAUCAUUCUUUCAAAUAAAGGUAUUCCCUCCAUUGCCGAUGAGCUUCCCUUUCUUUUUGAGUUUCUUCAGAAGGCAGGAGGCGAUGCCUAAAGCGCCGCCCUUCAAAAAGCGAACAAAGUUGUCUCCCACCAACGGGCCCAUGGCAAACAGACUGGGCUCCUUGGUGCACUCAAAGGUGUAGGGGUGGAUGUCGAUGGGGUUCUGCUUGCAGGAGAUGGGCUUUGUGGGAUCAUGAGCCAGAUACUGGCCCUGGCCCUUCAAGAAAAACAAAUUGGGGUUUGUUCCAAUCAACACCAGAGCCAUGGAUAUCUUAAAGGCCUUCAGGGAAUUGUUCCCCUGCAGCAGACACUUCAUUUCCGACUGGAAGGACACCACACAGUGUCCGGGGAAACUUGUGUAGUCUGGAAAAAGGCUGGCAUUAGCGGUCAUGUUAGUUGCGGCUAACUGUGUCUUGGGACACAUCUUGGCACAGACCGAAGAAGCAAUACUCAUCGUCUGAUUUUGACCAGACGAGGGUGCCACGUUUGUGUAGGUCUGAGAGCACAUCAUGUUGUAGACUUUGUGGUACUCUGGGUACAAAGUCUUGGGUAGCUGUUUGAAGAUGAGGUCAGAGUCGUCUACGCUUUUCCUGAAGACGUGCAGCACUCUGAUGUUGCUGUUGCAAGCGCACAGAACUGCAUCUGCGGCGCUUAAACCGGCGCCCAUUAUUAAUACCGGAUCUGAGUUUGU